AUGAACAAGUAUCUGCUCAAGGGCGGGACUGUGGCGACCUUCGUCCAAGCCACCAACCAACCUGGUGCCUUCAAGGCCGACGUUCUCGUCGAGGGCAGCACUAUCACCCAGAUCAAGGAGAAUAUCGAUGCUGCACCUGACGUGGAGGUGAUCGACUGUAAGGACAAGUGGAUAACCCCAGGCUUUAUCGAUACUCACAAGCACAUCUACGCGACCGUUUUGCGAGGAAAUCACGCCGACAUGUUGUUCACCGAGUAUCUGGUGAAAUAUCUAUGGACAGUGCAAGGGACGCUCACCCCAGAGGAAGUCGCCAUCGGUGAACUUGCAGGCUGUCUGGACGCGCUCAACAACGGCGUCACGACGCUGCUCGACCACUUCCACGCCGCGAACACGCCGGCGCAUGCCGAGGCCUCGCUCAAGGCCGCCGUCGAAUCCGGAGCCCGUGUCGUGUGGGCCCCUGACCAGCUCAGCCCGAACACGCAGCUGUUCCCGACGCUCGAGUACGCGACGGACGCCGAGACGCUGCAGUGGCAGCGCGAGAAGCUCAAGGAGUGGGGUGCGAACGGCGGAAAGCUCAGGGCCGAUGGUCGCGUCCUGCUCGGGUGGGCCUUCGACCGCCUCGGAUUCGGGAGGAAGCCCACCGUUCCGCACGAGCAGCUGUUGGCGGAGGCGAGGGCGAUCCCAGUGCAGACGGUCACUGCGCACAUCCAAAGCGCGGAGCAGGUCUUGCUGUGGCGCGACGCUGGACUCCUCGGACCGGAUGUCGUCUUCUCCCAUUGUUGCGGCCUUGUGGGGCACGCACCCCUCAACGAGGAGGCGUGGAAAGCAUUGAGGGACAGCGGAACGGCGAUUGGGACGUCGCCCGAAGAUGAGCUUGGAAUGGCACUAGGGAACGGCGUGGUGGUCUUCGACGCUGUCGAGAGGGGCGUGAAAGUCGGGAUUGGAGCGGAUACAAACUCGGUCAACAGCGGCGACUUGUUCACCGCGAUGCGCUUCGCAUUGCAGGAUGCUCGCUUCAGAGAGCAACAGCGCGUCCAGGCUGCUAAGGAAGCCGUGCCCUUCAAGCACAAGUACGGUAGCGUUGACGUCUUCCGUCUCGCCACCCUGGGCGGCGCAGAGGUACUGGGUCUUGCGAAUAUCAUCGGCACUGUCGAAGUUGGUAAGAAAGCGGACUUGCUAAUCUUCGACACGAACUCGGUCAACCUGGCUGGUGCCGACGAUCCGUUCUCGGGCGUUGUCUGUCUCGCGGCUGGCGAAGACAUUGAAUUUGUAUUCGUUGAUGGUGAGGUCGUCAAAAAGAACCACAGAUUGGUUAGGGAGUGGGCGCCGAUAGCAAGGGAGCUGAAGAGCAGAGCAGAGGACAUCCGGAAGCGUUGGCCUGCAGAUGUUCUGGAGGGAACAUGGAAGAGAUGGUAUGAUAUCAUUGUAAACCAAAGUCGCCCUUAA